AUGAACAUUCUACGAGUGCUCUGCAAUAUGGGCACGUGGGCACAGCGAUUUACGUUCCAGAAACCCAGUCCUGGACAUUCUACCGUUCUUUGGCCCAACGUAUCGGUCCCAAUACAUUAUGCUGGAUCAACAAAAACCAUCGUAUCAUCGCCACUUACUGCCACCCAAUCUUCCCUGCCAGAGAACAAGAGCCAGUUGUCGAGAGUGCACCCCGAGCUUGCCGCUUCUUGGUCUUUCGUUCGCAAUGAAACCCUCUCUCAUGUCAUCACAGCGGCAAGUGAAAUUUGUGACCCUCUGAUGUCCUCGCUUUUUGAUCUAGGACAUGCGGUGGAUUUAGAGAAUGACGAUUCAGGCUCCCGGGUAAUUCCAAUAGCAGUGACGGCAUCUGGAGAGUGUGGGAAUGCCAUUUCCUUUCGAAAAAUCGAGGAAGAUACAGUCGAAUUGAAGCAGGAAACGACUGUCUGGGUGCGCAUUCCAUCCGUUGGAGAAGCGGAGAGAGUGGAAUGGUCCACAGAUAGAGCUCCUGUUCGACAGAUUUGUUUUGCGCGGACAGUUGAAGAGAAGGCAACGUGGAUGGCAGCUCGUUUUCCACAUUCAACAACCGUGUUCCGGCCACUUUUCCAUAGGUAUCCCGUGCCAAUGCAUACGUACAAUGACGGGGACUGCGUUAUACCCACAAAUCCUCGAAAUUCCCGUCUUGACGCGAAUCCCUUGAUUGAGAUAUCUAAUUCGCAGACCGGAGGAUUUGCGCAUGCUGAUGUAACCUUCAAUCCUUGGUAUCAGAAGCAAUUCGCUAUUGUUGAUGAAAGAGGAAACUGGGGCCUGUGGGAGAUUUCUGGUAGGCAUAGGCGGAACAAGGGCAACUGGACUGCAGCGUGCGUAAAGUCUGGGGCACUCCCUUGGCUCGAUGCUGGAGACACUCAAGAUAUGGAUGACCACCCUCGGCAUGAUGGAUGGGCAGCUAUCGAGUGGGCUGGGGAUGUUAAUAGCUUCAUCGUCUCUGAUCGGCGCUGUCCUAUGCUUUAUCGGAUGGAAAGCGACCAUAUUUGGCCCCAUCCAAUAGAGCUCAAUCUGAAAAGGAAGUCUGAGUGGAUUUUGGAUGUCAAAAGGAGCACUUGCAAUGUAGCGCACGUUUUUAUCUUGACGACAUCUAGAAUAUUUUUGUUCGAUGUCACUCCAGAUUCUGCCUCUGUCAGUGGGGGGGAUACUGGGCUUUCAGUGUAUCCCCGCCUAUCAUGGCGUCAUUUUCGAGAUCCCGAAGACACAACAUUGCGAUUAAGUCCCCUGUUUGUCAAUGAAGAUUUCUACUUAGUGUUGUAUUCUCGACUUAAUCACUUUGUUCUUGUGUUUCAAUGUCCAAAUGCGGUCGAAGGGGGGUUAGACAAUCGAAUAUCUAUCCCAGAUCCUUUCAUGUUAGACAUACCAUCAAUCUCCGAUCGUGCAGCAGGAUCCCAGACAUCUCCAAAUGGCGCGCAGUUUUCAACGCUUGUUUUCAAGGAGGUCGCACAUCUACCAUCAUCGCUAAGCAAAAAGUACUACGAUCGCAGUGCUACUGGGCUUAUAAAACUCUUUGCAUUGGAUUCCCAUCUUUCUGUUCGUGAAUCGGUGUAUGUUGGACCUGGAGCCAAAGGUGGCGAGCAAGAACAACUGCCUGGCCGAGAUAUUUUACGACUGAAGAAACGGUAUCCAGGAGUACAAAGGAAACAAGCCACUCAGGAUGAUUUUAUCGUCGAUGACUGGGAUGAAUCGGUAUUGGGGAUGGGUACACCAACUGCCCCAGAUCCGGGGAGUUCGAUCGUAACGCCUCUUGCGAUUCCUGAGUGGACCAUUGAUUGCACAUCAAUUUAUGCAGUUGCCACGGGAAAGUUGAUGGCAGUCUUAAGUGGCAUGAUACCUGGUCAUCUUCCAGAGAAGGACUUCAAGGUGUCCAUUAAGGAAUUGGAAAAUAAAAUUUCUAAGAAUGACUUGCGGGAUGAACCCACAAAUCAAACAAUGCUCGAAUUUCUUGGUGUCAGUCCUUUAUUGGAAGAUAUCGACCAGAGCGCGCGAGAUUUCGAGCGCUUUGUUUCUGUCCUCACAGGUCAAAACUCAGCGUCUCAAGAGCAACUUCAAUUCAUUAUUCUCCCGCGGAAGAUUUCUCCAGGUUCAACGGAGCAUAUGGGGCUAGAUUUGGUAAAUAUAUACGACAGUCUGGUGAACGACUGGCUAUCAAAUCUACCCCACGAUAUAGCUAGCCGAACACGCAUUAUGAAAGAGAAGGUUAUUAGAAAGGUUACAGCAGAUUUAAUCCUGUCACGGAUCAGCAUAAUCCCAAGAGUGAUGGGUAGGGCAAAAGAAUCUGGCAAAGAUCCCGGGCAUGGAAAUGACGCGAAGUCGGCAAUGCCAGCCGGCAAUGCUUCUGGAACGAUCACCCAAAGAAGUUUAUCGUUACCCUUGGCAACUGAGAGUGGCCCUGGGUCCAACAUAAUCAGUAGCUUCUCUCAUAUUCGAACUGAUUCCGCCCCUGGAGGGGUUGGAUCAUCCAAAUCGGAAUCAUCCGAAGACAGCCCAGGAAUCCCUUAUCCUAGCCUGUCUGCAUUGGCAGCAUUCAAUUACGAGCAACCGAUGUCUCGACAUGUGACAAACAUGCUUUCUCACUGGCCACCAGGGGCCAACCCUGAUGCUUAUAACUGGCAGCGAACGGUACAUGAAUUUGAGAAUGAGCACACACAACGAGUGGCCAACUCCACGACACCAAGGCGCAGGUUGCGCAAAAAAGCUUCCCAAAGCACUGUGCUGGAUUCAUCCGCGACAGUUCCACCUGUCUCCACUGUUCCUGUCGUGCGGGACUGGGGUAGUCAGCCAGAUAACGAGCCACCUCGAUUAAGGUUACAGAGCAGUCAGGCUAGAGAUGAGGAUCUCCCCAUGACCCAGAUAGAGCGAGGAAUAUUUGGUGGCCGAGAAGCAGGGAGGAAACCUGCUAUGAAGGCAAGAAAAAAGAAGCGGGCAGCUGGGUUUUAA